CAUCCUAGUCGUUUCUGGUUCUCGUUGGUUCUUUCACCGGGUCCCAGGUUCGGGAACGCAGGGGCUGGGUCGUGGUGGCUCGACCAGAGGACGGGCGGGAGGAGGCGCUGUCCCGCCGCACAGACUUGGGUCCGCUGCUCAGCGACGCCACAGGGGACAGCUGGUCCCCUCCACCCACUGAGUCUGAUGGCGGCGGCCGCGCCCGGGAACCAGGCGCAGGGUGGCCUGACCUUUGAGGAUGUUGCCGUGUACUUCUCCCAGGAGGAAUGGCGUCUCCUUAAUGAGGCUCAGAGAAGGCUGUACCGCGAUGUGAUGCUGGAGAACUUUACACUUCUGUCCUCACUGGGUUGCUCCUGUCGAGCAGAGGCUGUGGAGGCACCCUUUGAACAGAGCAUUUCUGUAGAUGUGUCACAGGCCAGGACUCCGAAGGAACCUCGGUCUUCCCAGAAGACCCACCCCUGUGAGAUGUGUUCUUCAGUCUUGAGAGAGAUUUUCCACUUGAUUGGGCACCAGGGAAAACAGAACAACCAGAAACUCUUCAAGUAUGGAGCACGUGUGAAACAAAUUUAUCCUAGUGCAAACCUUCAACAGCAUGAGAAGCAAGCCAUAGGAGAAAAACCCAUCAGAAGCAGUGUGGACAGGGCUUCACUUGUGAAGAGCAGCAAUUUCCAUGAUUCGGGAAAGCCCUUAAUGUAUAAGGAGGUUGAGAAGGACUUCCUAGCCACCUCAGAGCAUCAACAACAACAGACCACUCAUACUGGGGAGAAUAAAAUCACUGAGCGUGGGGUAACUUCUCAGAGCAUGAAAAGUCAUCGCACCUGGGAAGAAUGUAAGAAAGCCAUUGGUCCCAAACACACACUUGUUCAGGACCAGGGUGUCCACACUGGAAGACAGUGUCUCAUGUGCCCUGAAUGUGGAAAAACAUUCAGGUACAAAUCCUCACUUAUAAUUCAUCAGAGAGUCCAUACUUCUGACAGGCUUCAUGUGUGUCGUGACUGUGGCAAAUCCUUUAGGGGAAGCUCAACCCUCAGUCAGCAUCGAAGAAUUCAUGCUGGGCCAAGGCAGUGCAAAUGUAGCAAGUGUGGGAAAUCCUUUAGCCAAAAAUUUGUCCUCGUUCAUCCUCAGAGAAGUCAAACUGAUGAAAAUUGUUACGUGUGCCGUGUAUGUGCUCAGACUUUUAGCCAGAGCUCCAUCCUUACUCAACAACGUACGGUUCAUACUGGAGAAAUGAGUUAUGAGUGUACUGAAUGUGGGAAAUCUUUUAGACGAAAAUCUGAUCUCAUUGAACACUGGAGAGUACACACAGGAGAAAGGCCUUAUGAAUGUAGUGAAUGUGGAAAAUCUUUUACUUCUAGCUCUGCGCUCCGUUACCAUCAGAGAAUUCACACUGGAGAAAAACCUUAUAAAUGCAGUGAAUGUGGAAAGUCUUUUACCUCUAGCUCUGGCCUCCGUUAUCAUCAGAGAAUUCACACAGGAGAAAGACCAUAUGAGUGUAAUGAUUGUGGGAAAUCUUUUACCCAAAUAAAUCACCUCAUUAUACACCGAAGAGUUCACACAGGAGAAAGGCCUUAUGAAUGCAGUGAAUGUGGGAAAUCUUUUAGCCACAAAUCUUACCUCUCUCAGCACCAGAGAGUUCACACAGGAGAAAGGCCUUAUGAAUGCAGUGAAUGUGGAAAAUCUUUUACCUCCGGGUCUGCCCUCUGUUAUCAUCAGAGAGUUCACACUGGAGAAAAACCUUAUGAGUGUAGCGAAUGUGGGAAAUCUUUUACCAAUGGACCAAUACUAAUUCGACACCGUAGAGUUCACACAGGAGAAAGGCCUUAUGAGUGCAGUGAAUGUGGGAAAUCCUUUACCCAAAGAAAUCACCUCAAUAUACACCAGAGAGUGCACACAGGAGAAAGGCCUUAUGAGUGCAGUGAGUGUGGAAAAUCCUUUACAUCUGGCUCUGCCCUUCGUUAUCAUCAGAAAGUGCACAUUGGAGAAAGGCCUUAUGAGUGCAGAGAAUGUGAGAAGUCUUUUACCUCUACCUCUGCCCUCCGUUGUCAUCAGAGAGUUCACACAGGAGAAAGGCCUUUUGACUGCAAUGAAUGUGGGAAAUCUUUUAGGGAUAGUUCCCAGCUGAGUCAACACCAGAGAGUUCACACUGGAGAAAAGCCUUAUGAAUGUAGUGAUUGUGGGAGAUCCUUUAGUCAGAAUUCAUACCUCUCUAAACACCGGAGAGUUCACACUGGAGAAAGGCCUUAUGAGUGCAGUGAGUGUGGGAAAUCUUUUACUUCUGUCUCUGCCCUCGGUUAUCAUCAGAGAGUUCACACUGGAGAAAGGCCUUAUGAGUGUAGUGAAUGUGGGAAAUCUUUUACCAAUAGCUCCAUACUGAUUCGACAUCGCAGAGUUCACACAGGCGAAAGGCCACAUGAGUGCAGCGAAUGUGGGAAGUCCUUCACCCAAAGAAUUCACCUCAUUAUUCACCGGAGAGUUCACACAGGAGAAAGGCCUUUUGAGUGCAGUGAGUGUGGGAAAUCUUUUACCUCUCGUUCCACCCUACAUUAUCAUCAGAGAGUUCACACAGGAGAGAGGCCUUACGACUGCAGUGAAUGUGGGAAAUCUUUUAGCCGAAAAUCUAAUCUUUCUCAGCAUCGGAGAGUUCACACCGGCGAAAGGGCUUAGAUGGGUAGGAAAUGUAGUUUCCUUGUUCAGUGUAAUGAUACCAGAGGAAAUCCUUUGCGAGGCACCAUUUGUCUGAAUUUAG